GUUCCUCCUCGCCGUGACUCAUGCCUCUUGUGCCCGGCAGGGCGCACUCUACCCACAGCCCCACAGGUGGUAUAGGCUUGGUGAGACGCUUGCCGCCAGGCUAGGCAGUGGAGCGCCGCACAGCGCGCCUUCCCGCCUCUAAGCUGCCGCCCCAGCAGUUCCGACCCAGCGCCAGCAGGCCUGCUUGGUCGAUCUUCGAGCCGAAGAUGCGGCGGGGCUGGAAGAUGGCUCUGUCCGGGGGGCUGCGGUGCUGCCGCCGGGUACUUUCCUGGGUGCCAGUGCUCGUUAUCGUCCUCGUCGUGCUCUGGUCCUACUAUGCCUACGUCUUUGAACUCUGCCUGGUGACUGUUUUGAGCCCAGCAGAAAAAGUUAUCUACCUCAUAUUCUACCAUGCCAUCUUUGUGUUCUUUACCUGGACCUAUUGGAAGUCUAUUUUUACACUCCCACAACAGCCAAACCAAAAGUUCCACUUGUCCUAUACAGACAAGGAGCGCUUUGAAAACGAAGAGAGACCUGAGGUCCAGAAGCAGAUGCUCGUUGAUAUGGCCAAAAAGCUACCAGUUUACACAAGAACUGGAAGUGGAGCUGUAAGAUUCUGUGACCGGUGCCAUUUGAUCAAGCCAGAUCGCUGCCACCACUGCUCUGUCUGUGCCAUGUGUGUAUUAAAAAUGGACCAUCAUUGCCCUUGGGUUAACAACUGCAUUGGAUUUUCCAACUACAAAUUUUUCCUUCAGUUCUUAGCUUAUUCUGUUCUCUACUGCCUGUACAUUGCUACAACAGUCUUCAGCUAUUUCAUCAAAUACUGGAGAGGGGAAUUGCCCAGUGUUCGCUCUAAGUUCCAUGUCCUUUUUCUCCUCUUUGUGGCCUGCAUGUUUUUUGUCAGCCUUGUGAUUCUCUUUGGUUACCAUUGUUGGCUUGUCAGCAGAAACAAAACCACCUUAGAGGCCUUCUGUACUCCAGUGUUUACAAGUGGCCCAGAGAAAAACGGGUUCAACCUUGGCUUCAUCAAAAAUAUCCAGCAGGUGUUUGGAGAUAACAAGAAGUUCUGGUUAAUACCUGUUGGGUCGAGCCCUGGUGAUGGACACUCCUUCCCUAUGAGGUCUAUGAAUGAGUCACAGAACCCAUUGCUAGCAAAUGAAGAACCCUGGGAAGACAAUGAGGAUGACAACCGAGAUUAUCCAGAAGUUUCAUCAUCUCUUGCCGUGGAAACGGAAACGUAGCAGUUUUCACAUUUCCUGCAUAUCUCAGACAGAACCCUCCAGCUCCCAUGAAGCUUACAGAGUUCAAUGUUGGGAACCAUCUAAUCUUCAAAAUAAGUCACCAUGGCGGAUUGAAACCUUCACAAUUUGAAAACAUGCCAUCAAAUACUUGCUGUGCAGAUAGAUGUUUCAGGACUUUACAAGUUAUUUAAUUUACUGACUGAACUCAUCAAUCUGGUAGCAGUUAAUUCAAGCUAGUCUUCCUCUCUUUCUUUCUUUCUUUCCCCUCCCCUAAUCUGUGAAAGCCUAAAUGUAACAUAUAUAUCUUUCCAGAGGCUCUUUUCAUUCCUCUUGUCAGGUAAAGAGGAAUUCAAAAGACUUCCUCGAAGUCUCUAACUCCCUUGGAAAAACUAUUAAUCAUAUCUAUAGGGCCUUUGUGGUAUUGAGGGGAAUCAGACUAUAUUUGCUUCUUGUGUCCAUGUGCAUUUAUAAGCAUGCAUAUGUGCAGCAUAUUUACACAAAAUUCUGCUGUGGUGUUGUGCAAAUCAAGGUUAAAAAAAUCUGAGGUUUUUAUUCAAUCAUGCUUUCUCCCUAAAUAGCAAUUUAGAUAUUUGCUGAGCCAUAACACCAUCCCUAUAUUGGGUACCUAAAAUUUGAGAGGGAGAUUCAACACACUGUGAUCAAGGUCCUUGAAUUGGGAAUUGAACAAAACGUAAAACCUGUUCUCUGUCAUAGAGGUGUGGCGUUCCUGAAAGCACCACAGCUAAUAGAGAAGAUCAGAUCAGAUUUCCACUUUAUUAAAUAUAAUGAUUGUGUUUUAAAGACUUUUAAUGACAGACUGUGGUAAAAUUCUCCAAUUACUUUUAUUCUUAUCUCUGCUACCCAGCUUUAUUUUAGGCUUUAUGAAUUACUCUAUGAGGAAAGAAAAACUAUAAGCCUAACUUACAGACCAUAGAUUUUGUUAAGGGGUUUAAAGGUGAUUUGCAGGUUUAAUUAUAGUACUGUUCAUAAAGAUAGUUUCACAGUUGAAAUCAGCCUAAGGAUUAGCACAAAGGAUCUAUGUUUUCACAGCAGGGGUUAGUGCACAGAUAGUGAUAAUCUAAUAGCAAUAUGCCAAUUCUUUCUUUUUUUUUUUUUUUUAGCUUCAGUGGUAGCUCAGCCAUGAA